CAGUCAAGUAUACGUGCAUCGUGUAUAACCUGAAAUCUGAAACACGUCCCUGCAGCGACGGUGAGAAUGAAUGGCUAACGAAGCAAAAAGCGUAAUCUUGGUAAUCAUUAAUGAUAAUUCAUAGAAUCGUAUGAUUCUCGACGAAUGAAGGCCGCGAUCUCGCAGUUGGGAACAAAGGUAUUCCGAGUAUUCGUGCAUUGUUCGAGUCGGCCAGUACUCAAGGACCUUGGACAUUGAUCCACUACGCGCGCGGGUGGGCGUUCGAAAAAGGAUAAAUGAAUUUAAACAGCUGAUAAAUACGUGAAGAGGCGAAUUAUCAAGCCGAUUAAAAAAAUGAAUGUAUGUUAGUAACGAAACGAUUACCGGAAAUAAACUGGCAUUUCCGACGCGGCCUGUUGGAACGUUCGCUGCGAUUGGGGAAUCGAAUUGGGUUACAUUGGAAAGAGCGAAUGAGCCGAUGUUAAUAGGGGCUUAGAGGGAAUCGGAAACUGUUGCUGACUCUCUUUCUUUCGGUCGUAAGCCGGCACCGGUUCACCAUAAGAACCGACUGUGACGCGUGCCAACUGUUCCGAAAUUAUUCUGGUGCGCAGUAUUUCGUUGCUUUCACCGAUCCGAUCUCGAUACGAGAAGGCCACGUUGUAUUUUCCCGAGGUGGUUUUUACGUGGUGAGUUGUAAACGGCACGCGAUGGCGACGGUCGACUGUUACCAGAAUCAAGCCCAAAACGAGGGUACCGGCCAACCGAAUCAACAGCAGCAGCAGCAGCAACAGACCGAGCAACCUCAGCAGCAACAAUCUCAACAAUCGCAACCGCAGCAGCAGCAGCGGAGUCAAGAAACGCAACAAGCCACCGCGGGUAUACCAGGCAAAGAUGACGAACGCAAACUCUUUGUCGGUGGUCUAUCGCGUAACACCACCGACAAAGAAUUACGAGAUCACUUUGGGAAAUUUGGCGAGAUCGAGAGCAUCUCGGUUAAAAUUGAUCCAUAUACCGGUGUCUCCCGAGGUUUCGCAUUUAUGGUGUUCACCAAUCCAAAAACGAUCGACAAACUUCUAGCUUCUGGUGAACAUUACAUCAAUAAGAGAAAGGUGGAUCCGAAACGGGUUAGCAAAAAGCCUCAACACGGGAAGAUUUUCGUGGGUGGCCUCACGCCCGAAAUAACCGACGAGGAUAUCACAAAUUAUUUCGGACAAUACGGUACUAUAGUCGAACUACAAACACCGUUCGACAAAGUAAAGAAUCAGAGAAAAGGAUUCUGUUUCAUAACGUUUGACUCGAAGGAAGUUGUAUAUAAAUUACUCAAGACCCCGAAACAAACGAUAAACGGGAAGGAGGUAGACGUGAAAAAAGUCCGAGUCAACGUGGACCCGAGGAAUCAAGGAUUUUGGGGGCCAGGCUAUGGCUACGGAUACGGUGGAGGCUACGGUUACAUUCCCGAAUAUUGUAACGGAUACCAAGGGGGAUACGACGACAUGUACGCGAACUACGAUUAUGCGGGGUACGACGGGUACGAUAACAUGGGAUACGGGACUCAAGGUAAGCCUAGAGGAAAUGGUCAGGGACCUCGCCAAUUUCAGAGACAUCAACCGUAUUAAAGUCAAAUUUAUCAACGAUUACAAGCUUGAAACUUGGUGAUAAAGCGAGAACACGUUAAGGAGUAGAUCAACUUUGUUCAUACGUACAGUCCGAGACUGACAAUGAGACGGGGAAAUUUGGGAUAAGAAAAAGCUUGCGCAGUCAAUGAAAGACCCAAAUUCUCUUGAUCUACGCGCGUCGAGUCUGUAAAAUACUAGAUAGCUCUAUGUACAUUUACUAAAAGAAAGAAAGAAAAAGAAACACGUGAAUUUUGAUUAAUUUGCGAUUGAUGUAAUUUAUCGAGACAAAAGUAUCGUGUUUUUGCCGACUUGUGUCGAGACGCGUCACGAACAAACAAUUUUUUGCAUACGUUCAAGUAUUUUAAUCAUAGUCGAAACGUUCCGUGGAUUCGAUCAUCGAAACUAUUUCUGCCUUAGAUAGAAAUCAUGUGUCUAAGGCAAAUGAAUCGGACGAUUGCUUUACUCCCGUUUUCUUGUUCUAUUCAUGAUUCAUAAUACUAUGAAAUAUAACAUGUAUAUCUUAUAAUUUAAUACUCUAAUUAUUCUUUAGUAUCUUAAGUUGCAUUACUAAAGUAUUGUUUAUUAUGCAUAUAUGCUUGAUGUUAUUAUUAUUAUUAUAGAAACACAACGACGCAGUAUCGUUUCUAAUAGGACUUUACGUCGAUAAACAGUUUCAGUUGAGCAACGGAAAACACUUGUCCCAGUUAAGAGACACGCGAGAUAGAUAUUAAAUAAAUUUACCAUACAUGGACCAAUGGUUCGUACUACUAAUUAAACGUACUUCCUCAUCAAUUUGUAACCUACCAUAUAUUAUCUAAUAUCAUCUAUGACUGUUUAUAUAUUAAAGUAAGUCCUGUAACUUAUCCGAGUCGAGUACGAACGGUAACGUAAGAGACAUACGCAUCUUUGUAUGUCACAUGUAUAUACGUGUACGCGCAUGCAUAGCGGUGUAUGUACACGUGUGCGAAAUAGUACGUAAGAAAGUAAGCAUUAAGAGAAAGAUGAAGUUAUUUCAAUAUAAAUAUAAUUAAAAUAUAUUAUAUAUAUAUACAUACAUACAUACACACAUAUAUAUAUGUGUAUAUAUAUAUACAUAUAUACAUUCAUAUAUACGUUAACGUCCUGGGUAGAUACGCGAAGAGUGUGCGAGUGGAAUGAAAUCAGGAGAUAUUCUAAAAGAAAAAUCAAUGUUCAAAGUCACGUAAGGAGAGCAAUAAUCAUACGGUGGCACGCGCAUCGUUUCGUAAUCAUUUUUACAGUUUUAUCGAUACGAUUUACGAUUUCCCCCGCCCCCGGUUAUUUUCUUUUCUUUCUUUUUUAUUGCUGCUCGAUAAUUCCCACAGCCUGUCCAUUCUCCGUGAGAUACUGAAAGGUUAAUUUUAUAAAAUCUGAGAUCGCUACGCUCGUGUACUCCUGUGUCACGCAAAUACACAACUAUGAAUAUGGUAAAAAUGAUUACAGCUUGUUACGUGAGAAACGUUUACCGAACGCCGAAACAACGGAAUGUUUAAGCCAUUGGAACUAAACGAUAAGAGUAAAAAAGAUUACUCUGAUUUAAGGGACAUUUUUGCAUUUGCAUCAAACAGUUGUUCCUGUCUGGUGUACAAAGACUGCUCUUCAUAUCGCAAGAAGACUGUUUAUGCAUAGAGUAUCGUCCGACACGAUACGAGUACUAGAGAAUUCGACAGCCGAUACUAUGAUGUCUCGUAUGAAAGGGAGAGAGAGAAAGAGAGAGAGAGAAAGAACGAGAGAGCGAGAGAUAGAGAGAAAAAGAUUCGACAAACGAAUUAUACUAACUGUAGAUACGGGAUUGUGAGAUAUAUCUAGGUACAUCGAAAUUAUAUUACACACACAAGGCUGACAAGGCUUUAAACAUUCAAGUUUUUCUCAGAUGUUACAAAAGAACUGAUAGUUUGGCUUAAACGAAUUUCACGACGAUACAUACGUACGCGCAAACAACACGUUUCCCAUUCGAUUCUAAACACGAUUGACUAUUAUCGAGCCAAACUAAAUGUACUUUUGAAUUUAAAGCUGUAUACUGUGUAUACCAUAUUUGCAGCAUAUGGGAAGAAGAAACAAAGAUAUAUAUACGUAUAUAAAAGAUCAGAUUGUGAAAUUAAAGGAAAUAACACAAAUA